ACAAGCUCCUAGCUAGACUAACAUAGACGACGUCAGUUUCUCCUUGACCGUACAGAAGACAACAGCAUCCCGCAUAUCUCUCUGUCCACGCCAGAGGCCCAAGAAAAAAAUGAAGCUGAUGAACUUAUUAGACAACCAGAAACAGGAAGAAGAACAAAGUCGCCAGAACUCCAUGGAAGAAGAGCUUCACGAAGCAGCCCUCAAAGGCUCCGUACCUGCACUCCUCGACCUCCUCAAACAACACCCUCACAUCCUCAACACCACCCUCACAUCUCCCUCCGACACCCCCUUACACGUCGCCGCCAUUCUCGGCCACUCCGCUUUCGCCGCCGAGUUAGUCGCCUUAAACCCCGAGCUCGCCUCCCGGCUCAACCUCCAAGGCUCGUCCCCUCUCCACCUGGCCGCAGCAAAAGGGUGCGUGGAGAUAGUCAAAAGCCUGGUGCGGGUCAACGCUGAUCUGGGUCUGGUGUGGGACCGGGACGGGUUGACUCCUCUGCAUCUUGGGGUGAUCAAGGGAAGGGUGGAGGUGGUGGCUGAGUUGGGCCGGGUUAGACCGGAGGCGGUGAGGGUGUUGACUCAGGGAGGGGAGAGUGGGUUUCACUUGUGUGUGAAGCAUCAUAGGUUUGAGGUGUUGAAGGUUUUGGUGGGGUGUGUUGGGAGAGAUGAUGAAUUUGUGAAUUGGAGGGAUGGGGAUGGGAACACUGUGUUGCAUGUGGCUGUGGCCAAGAAACAAUUAGAGGUCAUAAAUUACUUGCUGGAAAAUACAAAGAUCGAAGUGAAUGCCCAAAAUGCAAAUGGCUUCACUGCAUUGGAUGUCUUAUCACAUAGUACUAGAGAUUUACGAGACUUGGAAAUCAAAGAAUCCCUUCAAAUUUCCGGUGCCCCAAAAAUCAUGAAGAAGGCACCGACUGUUAUGUUUGAUCAGGAUCAAGAUACGGUUCAAGUUUCCACCACAACACAGCCACUGAUGUCAAAGAGAAGGAGUUUAAGGCAACUAGUAUUUAAGCCGAAGCAGAAAGAACUUGAUUGGUUGGGUAGGAAACGAAGUUCAUUAAUGGUUGUGUCUUCACUAAUUGCUACAGUGGCAUUUCAGUCUGCAAUGAACCCGCCAGGCGGUGUUUGGCAGUCGGACUAUCUGGAGGACAGCAAUGGCAACCCUGUGGAUAAUCCACACCAUGCAGGCCAGUCAGUGAUGGCCGAUACACAAGCACAGCAGUAUGGACUUUUCAUGAUUUCCAAUACACUUGCAUUCCUUUCAUCACUGAGCAUAAUUCUAUUACUUGUGAGUGGAUUGCCUCUGAGGCGUCGCAGAUGGUUGUGGAUUCAGAUGGUGAUCAUGUGGCUUGCAAUCACAGCGCUAACAGCUACAUAUUUUAUUGGACUGAUAUUUAUGACGCCAGGACAGCAGAAGGGGGGUUAUCUGUAUCAUGUCACCCAAGUUUCUGUGCUUGUAUGGCUAGCACUGAUGGGGAUUGUGUUUAUUGGUAAUGUACUUCGAGUAACAGUACAUCUACUUAGAAAGUUUGGAUGCAUGAAGCAGAAACCUCAAGAUGAUUCGCUUUUUGAAGAGUAUGACAUUGAUGACAUUUGAAUACGGGAUUAAUCUUCGCUGUCUGAAUCUGGAAAUGAUGUUCUUCUUGUUGCAGUGGAGGUAUCAUCUCCAGAUGAGGGCAUCCUUUCGAAAUUUUCCUAGAGAAAAUCAGUUACGGAGGAUGUUGAAUUCGUUUGAAAGGCGUGUAUUGCAAUUAUUUGUCUUAAUAUAUAUAGUUGCUUUCUAAUUUCUAUAGUGUCAAUAUACAUAAUACAUCUAUCUUGUAAAUCAUGUGUGAGAACUUUGUAGCAGCAGGGGCUGCAUUCUCUGAAGUUUUGAUAGUGCAAACUGCAAAGUCUGUUCAUAGCGCAUUUGGAAAUUGCUAUUAUAUACAUCUGUACUUGCUGUACGAAACAAGUUAAUUUCUUUCAUUCAUAUCGAAAAUAUUGAAUAUAGUCGGUUUUAUUCACA